AUGGCUCCUCUAUUUUCAAAGCGACUGAGCUGCUUCUAUUGCGGCGGUCGCUCUGCACAGCCUAACAAGCGCCCAGUUCGAAAAUGGCAAUGUAAACACUGCGAGGCUGUCAAUUACCUCGACGAAAAUGGAGAAAUUACAGAUCCUCCUACUGCGGAAACAAACCCAAAUCCGCCUACACCCGGCCCUUCAAACCCUCUUCUUGAGCCCGCUGACCUGGGACUGACCGGCUCAGACCUGUUCUGUGCCCGGUGCGUUCGGAACCAACACCUUUUUACCAGCGCCUUGGCCUCCUAUUUUCCACCUUCCGAUGACCCAAAUUAUAGCGCUUAUGAACGAGAAUACCCGAAAUUUCGAAGGAACAUGGAGGAGCGCUACCCGCAAGUAUGCGACAACUGCGAACCCCGUGUGAAGGCGCGCAUCCGCCAGGCUGGGUACGAAGCGAAAUCGGAUCACUUGCGACGGAUGAUGGACAGGAGUAAAGCAGGAAAGGCAGCACGGAGAGCGCGACAAUGGAGCUGGAAGAGUCUAUUGGUGUUUGUGGGUGCCUUAUGUUAUUGGGCUAGUAUUGCUGGCCAACUUGUUUGGGACGUGACGAGUGCUUUGCCCAUUGACGAACCGCUGCGGGACCCGGACGAGCUUCGAACUACGUCCUCCAUGGCGGUCGUGUCACGAAUUCGCGAAACCCUUCAUACGCUUCGUUUACCGGCCCAUUGGCCUGUCGAUCUGGAAUACUAUGCUGGUCUGUCCCUAGUGGCCGGUAUUUUCUCGCUAUGGUGGAAUCCAAAGCUCCGACUCAAAAUCGAGGGACGAGGCGGUCGCUUCGUAGGCCUUGGUGAAUACUAUAAAGUUCAGCUCAUUGUCAUGGUAGCACGAUGCGCGUUUUGGGCCGUCCUCAGAGACCCUUCGUCGAGUGGCCUCGAUGCUAACUUACCGCCGGCUUUGCAUUUAUUCAUGCUCCUCUUUAUAACUUUGUCUGCCACAAUAUCGCGGCGCAUGGUUCGCUACGAUACUCGUCCAUUGGUUAAUUGGUCUGAAUCCACCCCAACAGCAACCCCAUCUCGAAAACCGGAGGCAUCUCCUCGUCCAACUACGGGGGCGAAACAACCUUUUUGCACGCCGCAUGAAAACUCCCAUCAGAUAACACCAAGAUUUCCUUUCGAAAAGCUUGCCACUCCGCGCACUGGCCAGGAGGAACGCGCAAUUCCCACCCCGCCGCCUGAGGUCGACGAUAUGGAUUGGACACCUUCUAUACAGCAUAAUUUCCGACCAGUUUCGACUCCCUACCAAAGAGACCAGACGUCUGCCCUUGCUGGGCCAAGCCCGUUUUAUGGAUCGCUGCCGCCAGCUCCAGCGCCUCCGUCGUGGAACUUGCGAAGCCAGCCUUCGCAGAGACAGAGGCCCAUUGAACAGGUCGUCGAACGCAAUCCUUUCCAUCGAAGCCCAACACAGCCAUCAGUCAAUUGGAGUCGUAAUACGAACACCCCCGAUGAUGUAUUUGCCCCACCGAAGUUCUUCCCAGUGGCCGACCAUGCUUCAACAGGACUGGAGAAUCUCUUUGAUCGGGCAUUCUCCAUCAAGUCACCAGAUAACGAUGAGGAUAACUGGCAGUCGCCGCAGCAAUCAAAUUCGAGACCUCGACCCCCCCGAACGACGAACUUGCCUGGAUCUUUUGUCUCCCAGUGUCUUCGGUUAGGGCUACUGCUCGUCUCUCUUGUGGCAUGGAAUGUUUCACAGUAUGAACUCGUUUCCGUCCCUGGCCACUAUAUCGAAGUUGCUUCAUUGGGAUGCGCAAGUCUUCUUGCUGGAUUCGCUCUUCUCGAGGGCUUAAAGCAGCCCACUAUACAGUGGAAUGGGAUGGAGCUUUUAGUUUAUGUCGCAGAAAUUGCAGCAGCUGUUCACCUCGGAGGAUACCUUCCUGGGGCAGCUUUUGAACGACAUUAUUUUGACAGAUAUGGAAAACUCCUUCUGGUCUUCAUGAUUGUCCAAGAGGCGUUAGCUCUGCUGGCUGUUUAUCGCGGCGUCCCCACCCACCCCGACAAGAUAGACACCUUACAAGAGCAACCGACUCGACCAUCGUCUCCUGGCGACACCAUUAUCGAAGACUCGCCUAGAUCCGGACUAAGCAGACGCUCCGAAUACCACGGGUCCUUUGGUUCACCUCCCAUGACCGCACCUCCGCCUCUCUCCUUUUCAUCUACGGCAGGCGGGUCGAGCUUUUUAACACACCAACCAGAGCCCCAAUAUCAACAGUAUCAGCCCCCAUUUCCAUCAUACGACGGCACAUUUCACAAUAACAACAGAGACCACAGCUUCAGCCUGAAGAGUCUCAAAUAUCAAGAUGCCAAUGCAUCUGACCAGGACUCCGACACAGAAACGACCAUGACAACUGCCACCGGAACAACAAACAACACAAUUAAAAACAUCCGCUACGGGCGAGAUAGCACUGUUAAUGAUACGUUUUUCUCCCCAAAGCGUGCUGAACUUGGUCCAGGGCUUGGAAGUCUAAGUCUUGAUGAUGGUCCCUCUAGGCGCAUGACGCGGAGUCAGUCCCAAAGGCUCCAGGGUCAGGGAUCCGGCUUCCGCAGGAGAGGACUUCGGUAA